AUGCGGCUCUCCUCCGUCCUCCUGAGCAGUCUCUGCACCCUCGCCUCCGCCCAGUGCGGCACCGUCGCCAACCAGCCCAUCAAGGCUCUCCACGCCUCCUACGCCGCCGAUCCCCUCCUCGGCCGCCGCCACGAGCCGGGCCAGACGUUGGAGAUUCCCACCUACUUUCACGUCAUCACAGCCAACAACACCCUCGCCGGCGGCCACAUCCCCCACGCGGCUAUUGAUCGCCAGGUCGCCGUGCUGAACAAGGCGUACGCCGAGGCCGGCUUCUCCUUUAUCCUAAACGCCACCGCCGACUACGUCCUCGCGCCCGGCUGGCAACAUGUCGAAGUCUCCAGCGAGACGGAGCUCACCAUGAAGAGCGCGUUGCGACGGGGCGACUAUGCGACCCUCAACGUGUAUGUCGCGAGCCUCACGGCGCCACCUGAGCUGGGCAACGUCCUCGGCAUCGCCACCUUUCCCGAGAAGCCAACCAGCAAGCGCACCCUCACCCUCGACGGCGUCAUCGUGCACCCAGUCGUCCUGCCCGGCCUCGCCGCAAACCCGUUCAACCAGGGCGUCACCUUGGUGCACGAGGUCGGCCACUGGCUGAGCCUGCUGCACACGUUUGACCCGCCCGACGACGCGGCCGACGACGACGAGCUGGCCGGGUGCCGCGGGCCGGGCGAUUACAUCUUUGACACGCCCGCCGAAGGCACCGCCGCGUAUGGUUGUCUAGUUGGCCGAGAUACGUGCACCGGGAGCUUGGAGGCGGAGAAUCCCACGUCGAUGCCGGGGCCGGAUCCCGUUCACAACUACAUGGACUACUCGGAUGAUGCGUGCCUCUACACGUUUACCCCGGGCCAGGUGGAGCGCAUGAUGACGGCGUUUAGUGACGAGCGCGUCAACUACGUCGAGGGUGAGGACGAGCCCGAGCCCGAGCAAGGUCCUGCUCCCAACGCCAACGGAACUGUUCCAUGUGGCAACUCGACUGUUCCGGGCAGCAACUCGACUGUGAUUCCGCCUCGUAAUUUGACUCGUGUGCCGCACGGUAAUUAG